GAAGAAAGAACGGUCAGCCGUUUUUCUCCUCCGUUCGUUUCGUCGCAAAAAGAUCUCGGUUAUAGUUUUUUAUCUGUAUUUGGUGUGAAAACGGACACAAACUCUUAAAAAUAGCAAACAUUAAGCAGGAGGUGUUCCUUCGGGGUCAGACAAUAGUGUCCGUGUUCAAUAUAAGUCCAGCAGGUAGCAUUCGAAAAGUGACUUCUUGUACGAAUACACGUCUUAAAAAGGUUAGCGCAGUCAAAGGAAAACAUCGAGCUAUCUACUUCGGAAGUUUACUGGGAUUAUCACAACCAGGCAGGAUGAGUCUCUCGUCGCGGGCAGACAUCGAUGCUGGCGGAUUCUUUGUAAACUUUAAUCAGGACUGCACUUCUCUGGCCGUUGGUUCGAAAAGCGGAUACAGUCUGUUUUCGUUGAAUUCGGUUGAUAAUACUUUGGAUCAGAUCUACAAUAGCUAUGGCGAGGAUAUCUGCCUGGUGGAACGCCUCUUCAGCAGUUCACUGGUGGCGGUUGUGUCUCUGAACGCACCUCGGAAACUUAAAGUUUGUCACUUCAAAAAAGGUACAGAAAUUUGCAACUAUUCGUAUUCCAACACCAUUUUGGCGGUAAAGCUAAACCGAUCGCGUCUGGUUGUUUGCCUGGAGGAAAGCCUCUACAUCCACAACAUACGGGACAUGAAAGUGGUUCACACAAUUCGUGACACACCACCGAACACAACCGGGCUGUGCGCUUUGGCUUCCGAUUCCGAUCAUUGCUAUUUAGCUUAUCCGGGCAGUGCAACCGUCGGGGAGGUGCAAAUAUUCGAUGCAGUUAAUCUGCAUGCAAAGACGAUGAUUCCGGCACACGAUUCUCCACUGGCGGCGAUUGCCUUCAGCCAGUUGGGAACAGAAGUAGCGACUGCUAGCGAAAAAGGCACUGUGAUUCGGGUGUUUUCCGUGAACGAUGGAUCGAAGCUGUUCGAAUUUCGUCGCGGCGUAAAACGGUGCGUUUCGAUUGCUUCGUUGGCGUUCAGCAUAUGCUCGAAAUAUUUGUGCUGCAGCUCAAACACAGAAACGGUGCACAUAUUCAAAUUGGAGCGCAGCUCCCCGGAGAAUAAUGACGAUCAAAGUGGCAAGGAUCACUGGAUGGGCUAUAUUAGUAAGGCAGUGACCAGUUAUUUGCCGCUGGCAGUACCCUCGCAGGUUACCGAUGUGUUUACCCAGAGUAGAGCGUUCGCAUCCGCUGUGCUUCCGGUCGCUGGGCUCAGACAUUCCUGUGUGAUCAACACGAUUCAAAAGUCGCUAAGGUUACUGGUAGCUUCACAGGAUGGCUAUCUUUACGUUUAUCAACUGCUCGCAGAGGGUGGUGAAUGUCAACUUAUCAAGAAGCAUGAUCUAAGAAGCGAGCCCCCCACCGGGCGACCGGAAUCACUCCCGAUUGGUGUACCGACCAACUCACCAGCGGGGGGCGGUGGCAGCUAUGCGGCUGCAGUGAAGGGCGCACCGGCCAGCGGCACCGCGAAUGUUGCUAUCGGUUCCAACGAAGAUGAGCAACAACAGCAACAGCAGCAGUAAUAAGCCGAAGGAUUUGUUGUUUUCCGAAAAUGGAUUGCAUAACUAGCAACGAAUCGCGUAGCAGCAGCCGCGGGGGGUGAGUGAGUGAGUCUAGUGUGGGUGGGCUGCUAUUGGUCAAUAUUAAUCGGAAGCAGGAUCGACUGCCAGCAUCAAGCGUGUGAUGGCAAAAAAUUAAACAACAAUUUCUAUUCUCCUUUUCGGAUGAUAACCUUGUGAGCUGUUUUCUUUUAAUUUUCAUAAAAUAGGACAGUCGUUUCUUUGUGUUGCUCUUUUCAAAAUUAGAGGAGAAUUUUAAAACAGUCAUACAAUUAUUUUCUAAUUAUUUUAAUUUCUUGAAAAAUGUGUUUAAACCAGUAAAUCAUAGUAUUUAAAUUCAAAGCAUACAAAAAUACAAAAAAAAAAACAAAUCGGUACAAGGAAUUCACGAUGUGACAAAUCUCAUAUCAUUUAGAUUUGCGCCAAGUAACAGAUCGAAGCAAAUGAAAAUGCAAAUCUUUACUGGAACCUAGUGACAUCCCUAACGCUACCCGUUGUGAUAACUUAGUAGAUGAAAUCGAAACCCAGCUCGCAGUGGAAAACCGGCUAGCAGUAACAGGAGACUUGGAAAUAAUUUGAUUACAGUAGAAGGAAACACACAGGUUGCUAAAACAAUUUGAGAAAACAGAAAGAAAAACAACCAAUCACUACAAGUGAGAUACAGUUUUCUCUAAGUGCGCGUCGUGACAUAAUUAUCUUCUAUUUAUUCGGGAAGAAAAUAGAUUGUGCCGAGGUAGAACCUUAAAUAUUAGAAUAAAUAUUAUUUUUCAAGCAUUCUUGUUCUAGCAUAUAAGCGUCGGAAAAGUCUAGACUAUGAAAUACAUCUACAACACUACUUACACAAUGAAAUAAAAGAAAACCUUUGCAAGCAAUUUUCUUGAAAAAAGCAGAUUGCCCACGUUAAAGGUAUGAAAUGUAAAAAAAUAUAGAUAUUUGAAAACGUGA